UACUCGUGCACUGCGCGGCACCGAGAUAAGUGGUCGCCAAAUGUCUGUGAUCGCUGGUUGGUCGCUACUGGUCGGCUACUCGUUUAACUCGCGUUGAUGAACAGUAAUUUAUUCCGCUAUAUAUCCGUUUGUAAUUUUCCUCUGGAGGUGUCAUUCGGUCGUCUCGCGCGCGAGACUGUUAUACAAUUCAAUAUCGUAUCAUAUAUAGUAAACGUAGGUACCUAAGCGGUUUUCGAGAGACACGCGAGUGUUUUUUUUUUUGUAUUCGCGUCCGAUUAUUUUAUUAUAAUAUUAUAUUGUAUAGAAUAUAUAAAUAAUAAAUAAAAAAUAGUCAAUUGUCUUUUUCGUUCAUUAAUCCGAUUUCGGUCAUUACUUAAUAAUAACUAUAUACACACAUAAAAUGUCUACGAAUAAUCAAACGGAUCCAAAAAAAGGAGAUGACCAAAAACGUGCCGUGCAACUUAACCAAGUACCACCACUACCAGUUGACAAGAUUAUACAGCUGUCAGCCAUAUAGGAUGUGUUUCGUUAAAAACAAUCGAAACAUGACAAAUAUUAACGAAAAUGAUUUUACGGAAUUAUCAUUUCCAUCAUCCAUCUACGAAAUAUAGGUACACAUAUUGCUGACAAAAAAAUGGCGACUCGUACAGACAACAGCGUUCCAAUCGUUACAUGUGAUGAGGGUAAAAUGUCGGAUUCGCUCAAAUGGUUUGCAUUCGUGUCGUACGGCGUCGGUCACGUGCUCAAUGACUUGGUCGCCUCCAUGUGGUUCACCUACGCCUUGGUGUUCUACCACUACGUCAUGCAGCUGUCCAGCAUCAAUGCCGGGGCUGUGGUGCUCGUCGGCCAGCUAACAGACGCAGUUGCGACGGCCGCAAUAGGCGUGUUAUCAGAUAACGCCAACAUCUACUGUACCGAUCGAUACGGCCGCCGCAAGACUUGGCACCUUUUCGGCAGUGUACUGGUGUUCAUAAGUUUGCCGUUCGCGUUCUCACCACCCAUAUUGCCACAAGUCGAGAGCUCCGAACUGAACACCGCUCUGUACUACUGUUUCUUCAUCGUCUUCUUCCAAAUCGGAUGGGCAUCCAUCGAGAACUCGCACAUGGCGUUGGCUUCGGACCUGACGCCGAUAAGGGACGAACGAACGGCGUUACUAUCAAUCAGGUAUAGUUUUACCGUCUUUGCAAACAUCCUGGUGUACGUAGUCACCUAUAUCGUGCUCAGAAGUAACAACGCGAGCAAAACUCAAUUUGGACCUUCAGAAAGAAAAGAAUUCCAAAUAGUAAUAUUGGUGAUAAUGAUUGUCGGGGCUAUGACGACCAUAAUAUUUCACAUUGGUGUACGCGAACCACUUAUCAACAACCGUGUGAAUCGACAGCUCCUGAUGACAGAGACGGAGGCUGAACGCGCAGCCAACAGUGUUUGGUCCAUGUUCAAAAGCUUCACCCUUUACCAGACGGCCGUCGUGUACAUGUGUUCUCGGAUCACGGUCAACAUGACUUUGGUGUUCUUGCCUAUGUACUUACAAGAUUUUUUAAAACUGGAAGCCGAAAAACUAGCACUGUUGCCGUUGAUAAUGUUCGUCAGCAGUUUUUGUAUGUCGCUCCUCAACAAACCCAUGAACAUGAAACUCGGCAGAAAGUACACUUAUUCCUUUGGCGUGAUGUUAUCAUUGGGUUCAGCGUUUUGGUGUUAUAUAGGCGAAGGUGACACAUUUUCCAAAUAUCAAAUAUACGCGGUCACUAUCAUAAUAGGUAUUGCUUGUUCGGUGGUAUUGGUCACCAGUCAAGCACUGACCACCGAUUUUAUUGGCGACAGGACGCACAGAGGCGCCUUCACGUUCGGCCUGAUGAGCUUUACCGACAAAGUAUGCAACGGGGCCGUAGUCAUGGCCGUCCAGUCUUUGCACUGCAAUUCGUGUCCGAGUUACUAUCGAGACGUAAUGGUCUACAAUUGGACGAUACCGUCAUGUCUGGCGUUCAUCGCGGUCAUCAGUUUGCCCUACGGCGGACGUCCAAGACUGGUUGUACAGGAAGUCCCGGAAACGCAUUCGGGCGGCAAUCAGCACGCCGAACAAUCGAAAAAGCAUUCGAUCGAAAAGGGACAAGAGGCCCUACCCAGCAACGUGGUUAAAUCAUGACGGAAUAAUCAUCUAGUCAUAAUCGAUAAUAUAAUAUUUUAAAAUAAAACAUAAAUUUACAGUAAACAAGUGACUAUUUGUAUUUAAUUAAUUAAUUAGCGUGUAGACAUUUUAUUAUUGUGUUGUUUAUAAAUUGUAUAAUGCGGUAGGUAUCGUCUAAAACAAAACUCUAAUAAAUAAUGAUAAUAGUAAGACGUACUCAUACGCACAAGAGUCGUGUUAUAUAUUUAAGGUAGUUGAUGAUACUGAUAAAACCGUGUUUAGAUAAUACCAUAUUUUUGAUUGUAUCCAGUUACUUGAAUUACUUCAACAACUGUUGAAAUUGUGUAAUUUUAAUCAAAACAUUUAUAUUUUUAUUUUAAACAAGCUAAGGUAUAGUACGAAUUGUUAUUGUUAUUAAUUAUUUAUUUUUAUAUAUAGAAUAUCGAUGUCCACAUUACAUCUGAUGUUCUAAAUAAUAACAAGACAAUGUAAAUUUUAUUAUUUUCAAACAACUAUGUGAUAAUAAUUGUAUUGAAAUAAUGUUUUGAAAAAAGGUAAAGAGGCUAAAUAUAUAUAUAUUUUUUUUUAUACUAGUCUUUAAAUUACGAAUUUAAUGGAUUACGAGUUUAAUUUUAAAUGUUAUUUUGUACAUGAUAUACAAAAUUGUUUUUGUUUUUUUUUUUUUUUAAGAAAUUUGUUUUAAUAGCUACAGUGAAAAGCUGUUAAAGUUUAUAAAUAUUAUGCUAAAACUAUUGUUAAACUAUGUUUUGGUUUUUAACAGUAUUUUUUUUCUUUUUAAUUAAGAUUUUUAUAAAUUGUUGUACGGUACAAUUGUUUAGUAUAAGUAGACAAUAUUAACGUUUCCCUCCAAAGCUAAUUAUACAUUACCAUUAUUCAUAUUAUUAUUAAUUAUUAUAAAUAUAUUUAAUUGAUCAACGUUUAAAUUUUAUUUAAUAAUCAAUUAUUUUUGUUUUAUGUAACACACUACAUUUAAUUAAAUAUAUUAUUACUAACACAAUUUGUAAACAUUUUAAAAUGUUAUUUUUUUUAUUUUUAUUUUUUUUUUUGUUAUAUUUUAUUAUGUUUGUAUCAAGAUUUAUUUUUAGUUUUUACGUUAUCUCAAAUAUAUUAUACGUUAUUUUAUAAUACUUAUCUACCCAAA